UAUUUAAAGGAACGGGGUGGAAAACUUUUCGUCAGUCUGUUAAGACUCUAGGUGCCAUGUAGCUUUUAACACCAUUUAACUACUAUAAGCUUGCAUCGAAUGUACUAAAUGUAUGUGCUGGUAUUGUGGAAAGCUAUUUUCCAUAAGGAUUUAUUGGCGUUGUCAGUUGUAUUUACAGAAGCUGUUCAUCAUAUCACCUGUCUUCUGCUUCCAAUUUCUCCGAGAUUACUUGAAUUGCUUUUGUAGGAGUCAAGUUUGUAAGAUUCACCCCUCUCAGCUGUUACUAAUUAUGUCCCUAAAUGUUUUGUCUCUGUUUGUAUUCCAUAUGAUAUAAAGUGUCACGUUUGUGUAACCUUUGGGUUUUACUCUUCAUAACUUCAGAGUAGUACAGAGCUGCUGUACUGAGUAAAACUGUUUUCGGUAACUGUCAUUAUUUGUGGACUGUGAUCUACCACCUUCUGGCAAAAUUAGAGACGUCCCUAAAAAGUCAAGAGACGCUAAAUAUGCCUGCGUAGUACGCGUUCAAUUGUAAGCACACAUCAAUUAUUAACUGUCCAGUAUUUCGGAAAAUAUGCUGAUGUUUUCCUGGCAUUUUUAGUCUGCUUCUCGAAAAGUUUAUGGUUUUCAUGCAAAUGGAUGGUUGAAAUCACUAAAUGACAGACAUCCGAGUUUCAGGUUACAUGCCCUUCAUAAAAUGCACGCUGAUGGAAACCUGUUACUCUAGCAAUUUUCAAAGUUUAUAAUAGUAGUAUUUAAAAGCUAUGGCUAUUUUUGGCCCUUUGACUCCCACAAAGUUUUGGCUUGACCAGACGUCUUGCCUGAGAGUUAUUGAGGUAUGGCUAUAAACUGUAUCCCUAAGACAAGACUAACACAACAAAUCCAAAGCUAUCGCAUACUAGCUCACGGACAAUACUGGUGCAUUCUGGGAUACGUGCUUUGUGUUUUCCGGAAGAGUGGAAUCGUACAGAAAGGGGCUGCGGUGAAUCUCAGCAGGCUGAAACCGUAAAGUGUGCGUCCCGUUUCUUUCACCCUUGAGGAAACAACGCUACGAGAGUUGAACCUGGUUACACAAUACCUGCGGUGGGUGCUAAGGAAGAAGUGAUAAUUUUGCGAGCAGCAGGACAUGAUAAUCCAAUCUCUGCAAAAUGUAGCGAUCGCAGCACAGAUGCAGGGAUUUGGGUAUCGAUCCUUGUAAGAGUGAUGGGUUUCGGGGGGAUGUUUUCUACAGUUGUGCGAAAUGUCUGCCACUAAGAGGCCACUGUCACCAACAGUGUCUGACAACUUAUCAGAUAACCUGUCCGAUGAGAUGUCUGAGCCUGGCUCAAGGAUGGAAAAUGAGCUUUCUGAUAUGUCAUUCUCUUCAUGGGAGGAGUUCUGUAGAUUCUUUGACAGCUGGUGUGAGAAGAGUAAAGUCUUGUUUAACAAGAUUAAAGGAGUGCCCCUCAGCAAAUGGAAAGGAACUGGAAGCUCACCAAGUCCAGAACAAGUAGAGGUCCUAAGGUAUAGAACUGUUCUCCUAGUCUGUAAACACUAUCGAGCAAGAGGUGGUUAUGUGCAGUCUAGCACUGGAGAUUACAGACCUGGCUGUCCUGCUCGCAUUUUAGUGAAGCUAGAUCCAGUGCAGAACAAGUUGAUUGUGGUUACAGCUGAACUGGAACACAACCACGAACUAUGUCCCAUUGAGUUUGCAAAAUGCUUUAGGAAAAACAGAUAUGUCGGUGAAAAUGAUUCCUCUAUCUUGAUCCGAGUGACAAAUGAGACAAGCAAACAGUUCUUGAACUUACGAGAUUUACAUAGGCUGCAGCAUUACUGCAGAGCUCAGGACAGUAGUAUACUGGACAUCUUGAAAGAGAUCGAGGAUCUACUACGUGAGGAUCAAGGAGCUAAGGUGAGACUUGUAUUUGUAGAAGGUCAAGUCGUUGUUAAGGCUUUUGUCUUUAUUACAUCAUGCAUGAAACGUUUGUGUGACCGGUUCCCUCGAGUGCUGUACUUUGACAAGAUGACUUACCUGAGUGAAGAAUUUGAUUUGUAUUUUAUUCUGUGUGAAGAUGCCAAUGGUAGAGGCCGUGAAUGUCUCUACUGCAUAGGAAGAAAGGAUACAGAAGAUAUCUUCCGGUUUAUUCUUGUGUCGCUUGUCCAGAGCGUACCAGACAUCAAAACUAGAGUAAACUGCCUCAUAUUAGGAAAUGUUAAUGAAGAUUUGAGCAUUAUACAGACUGUACUUCCAAAUGCUAAAGUACAGUUUUGCAGGACUCAAGUUUUGGAGAGUUUGUAUAACAAAGCUAUUGAAAUUGAAGGUGUUUUCCAGGACAACAUCUGGGACUUUUUCUGCAAGCUUGCUAAUUCAUGGUCACCUGUUUCCUACAGUAGAAAUUUACGUGAAAUGAAUUCUAUGUUCUCCAAGGAAUUUAUAGAGUAUUUCCAGGACACCUGGGACACCCGCAAGGAAAUGUGGGUGGAGAGCUGGGCAUUUGAGAGGAACAAAGGGAGUACAUUUAGCAGAUUUGUGAGAUCACACCAGCAAAUGCUUUCCUCUGAGCUUGGAUCCUACCACACAAUGGCAGAAUAUAUUGGAAGACUGCACAAGCUUCAGACUCUCAAAACAGAGACAACUGACCUCGAAGAAGAAAAAAUUCAGCCCCGCUUUCGUGAGAUAUGCUCCUAUGAUCUGGCCAGUCUUAUUGAAGAGGAGAUUGGUCUGGGUAAGAAUGGAUGCUACAGAAUGAAGUUGGACGGGGACAACUUUGUACUUGAUGAUGGAACUGCAGAGUACACUGUCAAUAAAGAACAAAAUUCCUGUAGCUGCACAAUUUAUACUUCAACACUUCUUCCUUGUCGGCAUAUAUUUGCUACACGCCUCUGGACUGGAGAAACAAUCUGUUUCUCAAUACGCAAACAGAAAUCUGUGUAACCAUGUUUGUGUAAUUGUAAAAUUAACAUAUCUUGCAGUUUGCCUUUGACAGCCUUUUUUAUGAAUCACAUUGUUGUUUCUAGUUUUUGGUACAUUUCCAAACAACUUUGAAGCAACUUUGUGUAAGCAAGUCUCAUUAAAAAUUAACUGAGCAUCAACAGACUACCAUGUUUGAAUAGGUUCAGAAUAUUACCUUGUCCAUUUAUCCUGGACAAAUAAUUAAUUACUUAUUCAUAUGUUUCUCAUAUACGAUCCUCUGUGAAGGACACUUUUUAGGUAGUAAACUGCCUGUCAUUUCUAGAUAUUUCAGCAGCAUUUAUCAUCUUUGUAAAAUUGUAUUUAAAGUUUUUUUUAUAGGAAUGUAUGUCUUCAUACUGAAGUAUGUAUUUUUUUCUUUUUAACCAAACUCCUUAUGGUGGUAUAUUCAGCAUUCCUCAUUUCACAAGCUAUACUGUUAGCUUUCAGAAGCAUGCACUCUGUCAUGUUUUUUGUCUGUUUAUAAAACAGCAGCUGCACUUGGAGCAUUUUCGUUGGUUGUUGGUAUUACAGAAAUGUAGUCCAGUCCCUAUGGAAUUUUGAUUACAAGAAAUAUUAAUUGUAAACAUGUAAAAAGACAGUAAGCAGUAUUAAAGGGCUGUGGAGGAAGUCAACAUCCACUGUUUAGGUUUUAAUGCAAGAUAAUUGCUGACAGUAUUGUGCUGUUUGUAAAAAUAUAUGUAUAUUUCAUUUAAAGAAAGAGUUUACAUUCCAAAAUUGACUAGUAAUAUAUAUAUAUUAUACUACCAGACUUCUGGAUUACAGAGGCUGGUAUACCACAGCCAAUGCCUUUACCAUACUUGAGGAGAAGGUAACCUUUCUGAAUGGUUGUAAUGUUGCAUUAGUAUUUUAAGUACUGUAAUCAGCAAAAUCAAAUGAAACCAGUUAAAAAAUAUGUAUACAAAUAUAGAGCUGAUGGACUUAUGUAACUUGACACAUUAGGACACUUUAUUCAUUGUGCAUAUUUUAUAGUUAUCCGGUAGAUAAAAGAAUAUUUUAAACUUGUUUUUACUUCUGCCACUUGUGUUUCAGCUUUGUCUUACCAUGGUUUAAAUAUUAUUGUCAAACUCUUUACUGGAAAAGGCCAGCACUGUCAACUGUACAACCUUAUUUUUUCUUAAAAUAUUACAGUAUCAUCAACUGUU